AUGGAGAAAAAUUCACUGGCUCCUGGAUUUCGGUUUCAUCCCACCGACGUUGAGCUUCUUCAAUACUAUCUGAGGAGGAAGGUUUUGGGGAAGAAGUUUUCUUUUGAAGCUAUUGCCGAGGUUGACAUAUACAAGUAUGCUCCUUGGGAUCUGCCGCACAAGUCUCUUUUAAGGAUUGGGGAUCUCAAGUGGUACUUUUUCUGUCCAAUGAAGAAGAAAUAUGGAAAAGGGAGUAGGUUCAAUCGUGCCACUGCCUAUGGGUAUUGGAAGACCACUGGGAAAGACAGACCUGUUCGUUACAAUGACAAAGUUGUGGGGAGUAUUAGAACUUUGGUCUUCCACAGAGGGAAAGCCCCACGAGGAGACCGAACAGAUUGGGUUCUGCACGAAUACAGACUGGAAGAUGAACAUCUACUUGACGAGGGAGUUGUACAGGAUGAUUACGUUCUUUGUGUUAUCUUCUGUAAGGAUGGUCCAGGCCAUAGAAACGGUGCCCAAUAUGGAGCACCAUUUAGAGAGGAGGACUGGACCGAUGAUGAGGAAGUUAUUAAGGAGGUCUUUAAUUCCACGGACUUGCCUACACCAACCUUCACUACUGCUAGCCCCUGUUUUCCUCAGAGCCAAUGCCUUGGAUCACCAGCUGAAUCAAGUCAUUUUGCAGCUUCUCCUUCAGUGGUUCUUGAUGCAGACAAGUCUCUCACAUCCAUGGAGGCUUCUCAAGUUUUAGUUGAUGAUAGUAUUUCGGCAAUGCUGUCUGCUGGCCAAAGUGAAGAUUAUUCUCCAGUGGCUAUUGCCAAUGAUGAUCUUGAGUUCUUGGAGUCUCCUGACAUUGCUGUUGAUGAUGAAAUUAUGUCAUUGUUGGCCACAUUUAGGGAAGAUGAUACUUUAAACAGUUUGAUGUUGUGA